AUGGGGAGUAUUUUUUACCACUCUGAUCUAGCUUCUUCACUUUCGUUUGCUCCAUUGUUUCUUUGGUGUUCAUAUCUAAAAAUUAAAAACCAUGGCUAAUAUUGCAAAGACACUUGCUGGACGUGUACACAACGUGAUCCAAGUUGCAGCUAAGAAUCCACAAUUGGCUCCACGUUUUUAUUCUGCUGCUGCCAAUUUGGAAUUCAUUAAGACUGAAGUAACCGGUGAGAAGAAAAAUGUUGCAGUCAUCACUUUGAACCGUCCAAAAGCAUUGAAUGCACUUUGCAAUGGUCUCAUGAAGGAGCUGAGCACCGCUUUGGAUUCUUUUGAAAAGGACAAGGGCAUUGCUGCCAUCGUCAUCACUGGCAGUGAGAAGGCUUUCGCAGCUGGUGCUGAUAUCAAAGAAAUGCAACCGAAUACAUAUUCACAAUGUAUCAUGGGUAAUUUCUUGAAUGAUUGGACACGUGUCGCACGUUGCCAAAAACCAAUCAUUGCUGCCGUUAAUGGUUAUGCACUUGGUGGUGGCUGUGAAUUGGCUAUGAUGUGCGAUAUUAUUUACGCUGGUGACAAAGCUAAGUUUGCACAACCUGAAAUUGCUUUGGGUACAAUUCCCGGUGCUGGUGGCACCCAACGCUUGACCCGUGUUGUAGGCAAAUCAAAGGCUAUGGAAAUUUGUCUCACUGGCAAUAUGAUCAACGCUGAAGAAGCAGAAAAAAUGGGUCUUGUCAGCAAGGUUAUACCAGCUGAUAAACUUGUAGGUGAAGCUGUUAAAUUGGGCGAAAAGAUCGGUUCUCAUUCUGGUCUGAUCGUGCAACUAUGCAAGGAAGCUGUCAACACUGCUUACGAAACAACCUUACAAGAAGGUCUUAAAUUCGAAAGACGAACCUUCCAUGCCACUUUCUCAACUGAGGAUCGUAAGGAGGGUAUGACUGCUUUUGUCGAGAAGCGCCCAGCUAAAUUCAGCAACUUGUAAACAUUUUACUGUUUAAAAGGGCUUAUAUAAUGAAAAAGAAUUAUAUACCAGCAUUGCAUUUACCUAUUAAAUAAUGAUAAUUUUUAUUUCCUAAUGAAAAUGCUAGUUUAAGAAACAAGAAAUGUAGAACGCAUUUAUAAAAAUACUUUUCAAUUAAAAUAUAUAGAGUACAUUUGCCAGCUAAUAGCUAUUACGUAAAUAAAAUAUUGCAUAUAUAUAUCAAUAAAAUC